UGCACCUCAGUUGACACAUAUACAACACACAUACGCAGAUACCGACCAUCGGCAGCGCAGGGGCAAGACAUGCCAUAAAAACACAGCCACAGAGCGGGGACAAGCCGCCGCACUGCGAAGCGGAGCUCUGCUGCGGCCGCUCAGGAAUGUCCACCGCGCAGCCCUGACGAGAAAAUGAAGCGCAAGAGCGAGAGGAGAAGAGCCGAGUCCAGGAAAAAGCGCUGUGCAGCUCACAACAGCUCAGAGGCGGCGCCAAACUCAGAUGUUUACAUUGAGAUAACAGAUCAACUGUAUUUCGCCAUCCUGAAGCAAAAGAUCAAGAGCACAGCCGAACAACACUGUUUCUGCAUAGAUGAAGAGCUUGCAUAUGAAAACUUCUAUGCGGACUUUGGUCCCCUUAACCUGGCCAUGUUUUAUCGCUUCUGUUGCAAGCUGACAAAGAAGCUCAAGUCCAUUACACUCUCAAGGAAGAAGAUUAUAUUUUAUACCUGUGGAGAUCAAAAGAAACAAGUCAAUGCUGCCUACCUAAUUGGAUCAUAUGCAGUAAUGCAUCUAAACAUGAUGCCAGAGGAGGCCUACAGUCUGCUAGUGUCAAGAAAUUCAACAUAUAUUCCAUUCAGAGAUGCUUCAUUUGGAACCUGCAUGUACAAUCUGAACAUCUUAGAUUGCCUUCGUGCCGUUCACAAGGCUCUGCAGUACGGCUGGCUCAACUUCUCUAACUUUGAUGUGGAGGAAUAUGAGCACUAUGAGAGAGCAGAAAACGGUGACUUAAACUGGAUAAUCCCAGGAAAGUUCCUUGCAUUCAGCGGGCCCCAUCCAAAAAGCAAAAUAGAGAAUGGGUACCCUUUGCAUGCUCCUGAGGCCUACAUCCCAUACUUCAGGAAUCAUAACAUCACCGCUAUCGUCCGACUCAACAAGAAGAUGUAUGAUGCCAGGCGUUUCACAGAAUCCGGCUUUGAGCAUCACGAUCUAUUCUUUGUGGAUGGGAGUACACCUAACGACUCCAUCGUCAGGAAGUUCCUUAACAUUUGUGAGAAUGCAGAAGGAGCCAUUGCUGUCCAUUGCAAAGCUGGUCUGGGGAGGACUGGCACUCUGAUCGGUUGCUAUAUGAUGAAACAUUACCGCCUGACUGCUGCAGAGGCCAUUGCCUGGAUACGCAUCUGCCGACCAGGGUCCAUUAUUGGACCUCAGCAGAACUUUGUUGAAGAGAAGCAGAACAAUCUGUGGGCAGAGGGAGAUGUUUUCCGGGAGAAGUUGCUAAAUGAACGAGAGAAUGGCAAGAUGGCUGUGACCAGGAUCCUGUCUGGGGUGGACGAUAUAACCAUUAACGGGAGCAACAAGAACAGGACAUCCAACAAAGACGAAAUGGAGCUGUAUAAUGAUGAAGAGGAGAGAAAUGGUCUCACGCAGGGAGAUAAACUGCGCGCCCUGAAGAGCAAGAGGCAGGCGAGAUCGUCCUCAGGUUCUCUAUCGCAAGAAGAGAAUAAGAUUCACACCAGGUCAUCAUCACAGUCCCUAAGCACGGUCAUCCUGCAGGCCAGUGUUCAGGGCUGUAAGACCAGUGUUAACCCUUUGGCUAUGUCUGACCACUCAGACAGCAGGAAGAGGACCAGAACCUCACUGCCUGGUUCUGUAGGAGGACGACACACUGUCUCCAGAGGACGUAAAGCUCGCAGUUCUUUGCAAUCAAUUCGAUUUUCCAGGCUAUGGUAUCUAUCUUCCUCCUCACUUCCUGUGCUACAUUCACUGUAUUUUAUAUUAUCUAAUGGCAUUUUUGGAAUUAUCUGUAAUGAACAAUUCUUACAGACGUGAGUGAUGUGUGUACAUAAACAAUGAUUGCAUGAAUGAACAAAUGUUGACAGAUUAAUAUUGCAAUGUAAAUCCAUGAAAUCUGCCCUCUAUUAACAUUGACUUUGUUUUUGUUUUCUUUAGUCACUCCAUUCCCAAAGCUAGAGCUCCUCUACUUCGGUGAGCCUGUGGAUCUGGAAAUCCUGAAAAGUUUUACAUGAAAUCCAACUUCUACACAACUGUACUACUCAUUCAAUGGAUUUUUAAGUUUCAGAAAAAGGUUGGAACAAACUUUAAUGUGAUGUGACAUGUAAAUCAUUUAUACUAGAUUGUUUGAUUACAAGUUAUUUUACCUGUAAGGCACUUUGGUUUUUAUACUUUUAACACCGCAUCAUGAAACACACUGACUUUUAAUCAUCGUCUGGUUCCUCCUUACCUGAAGCAUGCAGUAGCAAAUAUCAGAUUAGAUCCGCAGCUAUCAGACUGGCAUGUGAAUGUGACUCCAAGCACUGUGCAGCAGAUAUACUGGUUUUAUUAGAUGGUUCUGUUUGAAAAAUUUGCAUAUGGAUUUGGCCAGGAGGUCGGAAUAAAAACCUGCUCUCGGAUGUUAGCCGAGUCUCUAUUGGCAAGCAGUCCAUACAAUACCGUGCAUAUUUGUACCGCCAUUCUCAAUAUCUGGCUUGUCUCGUCAGUUAUGUGUGAAGCUUUUCUGCUACUGUGUUUCAAGACUGUAAAUAUGUCAACAUUUAUAUACUCAGUUUGUAUUUUUUAAAUAUUUUGUACUAUGUUUGAAUCAUGCUAGGUAAUAAGUCAGUGGUCCUGACGGGGCCUUGUCUAACUCAUGUUCAUAAUCCACUGAAGACAUUUGCUUGAAGCACAUAGAAGCAGACUUUUUAAAUAAAUGUACUCCAAGUA